AUGGCAUCUAACAAGUUUUUCAUCUUGGCUUUCUUUGUGGUUUUCAACGUAUUAUCAAGCAUCAAUCUCAGCUUAGCAGUUCGCAAUCUCUUACAAACCACUACACCCUCUAUACCAACCGUGCCAGUGGUGCCUACUUUGCCUAAACCAACACCAUUGCCACCUUUGCCUACACUACCAUUGCCAACCACUCAGCCAUCACUGCCCAACUUGCCCACCAUCCCAUCAAUCCCACAGUUUAACUUUCCUCAAAUUCCAAAGAUUCCCUCACUCCCAACUAUUCCAACUACAAUUCCUUCCUUCCCAUUCUUCUCACCACCACCAUCUGCUACCAGUACUACUAAGCCUUGA